CUGUGACUUGAUUCAUUCAGGUGAAAGGAAAUGAGAGAAGAAAAAUGGAGAUUGAGGACACAUCGAAUGGAGUAUCUAUUUCAUUUCCUCUUGGUUUAGCUCUUCUCGUUGCCUUGUUAUUGUUCCUUUGUUGCUUCUUUUGCUGCUGCUUGCACUGGGAAAAGCUCCAACCUUUGUUUCCAUUUUGUAUGGUUAUCGACACUCGGCCUCAGACACAAGCAGACUUAACUCCCCCUCUUCACAAACCUGGCUUUCCUGUCUUGAUGAUGAGGCAUAACCGAUGUGAGAGCUUGCCGGUGCUGAUGCCAGGAGAUGAGGUUCCAAAAUUCAUAGCACUAGCAUGCCCAUGUCAGCCUCCAACAAAUGAAAUGAUCACAAUCCAUGUGCAGAAGGCAGCACCAAAUGAUUUUUGCAGCGGUGCUUAAAGGGACACAAAUUAAUUAUAAAUUAAAGCCUUAAUUAAUUAAAAUACCAAGUUGCAAUUAGCAAACCAAUCUCAAUUCUCAAGUCCCUCAAAGAAGUUUCAGCCAUCGAAACACAAACAAUUGUGGAUAGCUUUGUCCCGAGAGAGAUGAUCAACAAAAAGCUCGCGGGGUUGAAGUGCUGAUUGGGAAAUUAAUUAAAGUUGUUCAUCAUCCCUGGAUAGCUUUCAUUUUAUGUUCCUUUUAGAGGGCACGAGUCGCAUUGUGUAUAUAUACCAUGCACUGCAGUAUGAAAUUUUCUGUUCUGGUAAAUUUACAAGUUGGAAAUUAACAAGAUCUUAUAUGUGACAGAAUCCUUGUAUGAGAUUGCAGAGAUACCAAGUCAUUAGAUAAGGAAAUUAAUUUUGCUGAACAAUUCAAACAUUUGAAUGAUAUAAAUAUUUUAUAAAUAAAUGAAUGCUGUGUGUUUGAAAAUUUUACCA